AUGAUUCGUAUACGUUGGAUGUCUCAUCAGACGCUUCACUAUGUUGCGGUCCGACGCCCAGGAAUGGGACCGUUUCCUUUGUAUCGAGGUACGCCUAGGGUUUCACGAAAAUUUCACACCACCGUCGUCAUGGAAGCUUUCAAGGAAAUGAACGACCAGAGCUGUGCGAAAUCAACUGUGUGCUGCAGGGAGGAGGCCCUAGUGAAAGCGCGGUACUACAGGGAAAAAAAUCCUGAACUGGCUAAACGAGCCUAUCUUUUUGCUCUAGACCUCCCGUCGGCAAAAUUCGCUGGGAAACUACAUAAGCUGGGAGCACUUAAUCAAACCGAAAACUGCGGCUGCUCAUUUGUCCGUUGCAGCAUCCCCCAGCCGGUCGGCGCAUGCUGGGCUCCCGGCCAGUUCGACCACCCCGCAGUGCUUGCAGGUGAGACUGAAGGGGCCAUGCAAAAAAUGAGUAGUGCAGAGUUCGCGUCGACUGCGUUCACCAGUGGGAAUGUAUCCCGCCUGCACACAGACGACAUAGAUGAGCUUGUGGUGAACAACCCGGCGGCUAAAAGGCUGCAUGUAGGCAGUAUCUCGGCCCGUACAACAGGAAAGGAAUGUUUUGGCCAGCUUGAUGACAGUGACUUUAGGGCUGAAAUCCAUGCAGAACUGGCAGAGCUGUACCUCACUUGUGGAGAUCCUCGAAAGGCCAUGGAAUGCUACCAAAGUGCAGCAAUGCUGGCGCCGCAUCAGUUGUCUUAUUCGUACAAAAGAGGAGUUGUUCUUCAGCAGCUUGGUGAGCGUGAUAGGGCAAUAGCGUGCUUCCGGGAGGUUCUUCAAAACGAUUCUACUUACAAGCCUGCCAUCUUCAACCUGGGCGUCUGUCUCGCUGAAGACCCGGCGACGCGGUCUGAGGCUCUUGGAACAUUCCAGCACUUGCUUUCUAUUGACCCGAACAAUGACAAUGCUUUGGAUAUGAUUGCUGAUAUCCACGAGAAAGAGGGGCGCGUGGCAGAAGCCUAUGCGGUAAAGCAGCGCGUUGUCACCCUUGACCCAACUAAUUUCCGGGCAGGUAGAGACUUGGCAAGACUGGAGUCAAGUCUUCUAGAUCGCGGAGGUGUUCCUGGAUAUGUUACGCUGAACUGA